AUGUGUGGUAUUUGUGCUUUCUUUAGAUAUCCCGAGGCCGAGGAGUUCAAGUCCAAGGCGCUCCAGCUGUCAAAGCGGAUUCGUCAUCGUGGUCCUGAUUGGAGCGGUAACUUCAUUGCCAACAACACGAUUCUCGCACACGAGCGAUUAGCUAUUGUUGGUUUAGAUACUGGAGCUCAGCCUAUUACCAGUAAGGGCGAGGAGUUUGCUUUGGCUGUCAAUGGUGAGAUCUAUAACCACCAGGCGCUAAGAAAAGAAUUUGCUGAUUACGAAUUCAAGACUCAUUCAGAUUGUGAACCUAUUAUCCCUCUUUAUAAAAAGUAUGGUGCUGAUGCUCCUAAAUACCUCGAUGGUAUGUUUGCAUUUGUUCUUUAUGAUGUCAAGAAAGACCGUAUUAUCGCUGCUAGAGACCCUAUUGGUAUCACUACUCUGUAUAUCGGCCGUAACUCGAAAUUGCCAGAAACUGUGUUUUUCGCUUCUGAAUUAAAAUGUUUGGUCGAUGACUGUGAUACUAUUGAAGCAUUCCCUCCUGGUCAUGUUUAUGACUCUGACACCGACAAAAUCACUCGUUACUACGAACCUGGCUGGUGGGAUGCUUCAAAGAUCCCUACUAAACCUGUUGAUUACACUCUAUUGAGAGAGACUCUUGAAAAGGCUGUUAGAAAGAGACUUAUGAGUGAAGUUCCUUAUGGAGUUUUACUUUCUGGUGGUUUAGACUCGUCGCUUAUUGCUGCCAUUGGUGCCAGAGAAACCAACAAGGCUGCUCCCGAGUCUGCUGUUGAUCAUCAUUUGGCUGGUGUUGAUACUCAAGGUAACCUGGUUAACACCAGUGGAUCUAGACUGCAUUCGUUCGCUAUCGGUUUGCCAGGUGCUCCCGAUUUGAUUGCCGCUAAGAAGGUCGCUGAAUAUAUUGGAACUAUCCACCAUGAACACACUUUCACUCUUCAAGAAGGAUUGGAUGCUGUUCGCGAUGUUAUCUACCAUUUAGAGACUUUCGACGUCACCACUAUUAGAGCAUCUACUCCUAUGUAUCUAUUGUCACGAAAGAUCAAGGCCCAAGGUGUCAAGAUGGUUCUUUCUGGUGAGGGAUCUGACGAGAUUUUCGGUGGUUACCUUUACUUUGGAGCUGCUCCUUCGAAGGAGGACUUCCACCAGGAGUCUGUUUCUCGUGUUAAGAACUUGCACUACGCCGAUUGUUUGCGUGCUAAUAAGUCUACCAUGGCCUGGGGUUUGGAGGCCCGUGUUCCUUUCCUGGAUAAGGAGUUUUUGGAGGUCGCUAUGGCCAUUGACCCUCAAGAUAAGAUGAUUGUGCCUUCCGAGAAGAAGAUCGAGAAGUAUAUUCUCCGUAAGGCUUUCGAUACCGGUGACUACCUGCCAAGCGAGAUCCUUUGGAGACAAAAGGAGCAGUUCUCUGACGGUGUCGGUUACUCAUGGAUCGAUGGUCUUAAAGACACUGCUAACAAGGUUGUUUCUGACGAGCAAUUUGCCAAGGGCGCUGACUUGUGGAAGGACGACGUUCCCACUACUAAAGAGGCUUUCUGGUACAGAACCAUGUUCGACGAGCUUUUCCCUCAACCUGCUGCUGCCAGCACGGUCAUGAGAUGGAUCCCCAAGGCAGACUGGGGCUGUGCUGAGGAUCCUUCUGGCCGUUACGUCAAGUCUCACGAAGCCCAUGUUGAUGAAAGCGCUUAA